AUGUUGACAAACAACAACAAAAAACAAUCUAUGGAUCCGAUUUAUUCGGAAUUUUUGCCCGAAAAUUUUGAUCAACAGAAUGCUAUUGCAUCGGUGAAUAAUCUACCGUUUUCAGAACAGAUUUCAAAAAUCGCUGCCGGUAUUGAACAGUUGAAAAAUAAUAUCAAUCAAUUAACAACGAAAAAUUGUGAAACAUUUUUUCGACGUGCAUCUAAACUUGAUGAAUUAUAUAAUGAUUUGAGAUUCAUCGGUAUUAAAUCACAGAAUCUAAUGAAAACAAUGGAAUUGAUGAUUAUGAAAUUCGAAUCACCAUAUCAACAGCUUAACCAUGAGAUUAUUCUAUUAUCACGGCUGCAGAAAACUUGUGAUCUGCUACGAAAAAUGUUACGUAUCAUGUAUCUAAUGGAACGAAUUGAUGAAUCAAAUAUGAAUAAUGAUAUGACAAAAAAUGAAUCGGGCAUUUUUUUGAAAGAAAUCAUUAAAUUAUCACAAUAUGUCAAUGAAAUUGAUGGCAUUAUUCAAUCGGACGAGGAAAAUUUACUCCAUAAAUUAAAUUGUAUUUCUAAAGAUUUGGAAAAAUUUCAGCAAAUUAAAUCGAAAAUAAUUAUCGAAGCAGAUUCAUUACUUCGUAAUGGUUUGGAAUCAUUGGACAAUAAUAAUAUCGGUGCUGCUUUGCAAAUAUAUCACAAUCUACGUUCACUUGAUUCGAUUGUCAAUGAUUUGAUCGUUGAAAAAUGCCGAUUAAUUGAACAAUCUUUAUCGAAAUUAUUCGAUGAUAUGAAUAUGAAUGAAAUGAAAUUGACGAUACCAUCAUCAACAAGACAGAAUAAUCUAAUGAAAACAAGUAUACGUAGUAAUUGUAAAUGUAAUCUUGAAAAUCUUUACAUUCAUUUUCAUCAGAUUUCAACAAUGAUUAAGAUAUUGAAAAAACGUCGUGAUAAUCAAACACAAACAUUAUUGAUUGAAUUUAUCGAUAAUCGUGAUGAAUUGAUUCGAAAAUUUUGGAAUGAAAUUAUUCGAAUUUUUUCCGCCUCAUUUAAUAAAUUAUUUCAUUGGUCACCAGCGAUUAAAAGAUUAAUUGAAUCCGAUUAUUCAAAAAUAUUGUCAUUUUUUCUUGAUUAUUCUGAACGAAUCAUCGUCGAUGAACCAGAGAUUGAGAAUGAAAUAACAUUACGUUCGACUAUUGGACAAUUUGAAAAUGCUUACCUCUCGAAUUCAUUAUCAUCAUUAUUCGAAUCGGUGAAUCGAAUAUUCACCAAUGUUGGUGUGAUUAAAAAUCAGAAAAUUGAUUCAAUACCAUCGGAAAAAGAUGUCGAUUUGGUAAUUAAAGAUAUUUCGAAUGAAAUUGUAGCAUCAAAUUUUGAUUCCAUGUUAUUAGAAUCCGUAUGUCGAAAUAUUGUCAAAACAAUCAAUUUGUUUGUAUUUAAAUGUGAACAAUUAGUAUCGAAUGAUGGUGAUGCUACACAAGUGAUCGGCAAAUUCACAAUAAAUCAACGACAUAAUUCAUUGAUUAUAUAUUCGUUAAAUUAUUUUCAUAAACAAUUAAAGAAUCUAAUCAUAAAUAAUGAUAAAAAUCAAUCGAUUCUUAAGAAACAUUUAAUAGAAACAUCAUCAUCAUUGAAAUCAAUUGAUAAUUUAAUAUUGAAUACAUUUGAACCAUUCAUCAAAUCGAUACAGGAUGCAAUCGAGGAUAUAAUUCUUACCAUUCAUAAUGAAAAAUAUGAUAUUAACAGCAAAAUUAUGCCUAGUAAUUGUUCACUUUACAUGAAAGAACUGCAACGAUUCAUUGCUCGCAUAUCAAGAGAUUAUUUUCAACAAUAUCCAAAUGAUGCAGAAAUUAUCAAAGAAAGAAUUCAUCAAAUGGCCGCAUUUGUCAUUGAUUUCUUUUUAUUACAAAAUUGUCUAAUACGUCCGGUAUCGGCAAUGGGUAGACAAAAAAUUUUCAAUGAUUUUACCCAAUUAGAAGAGGCAAUCAUUCCAAUCUGCGAUCGCCUUGGUGAUGUUGGUCGAUCAUUUCAAAUAUUAAAAGCAUUCAAAACAUUGUUAUUAUUAUCACCGGAAGAACUAUGUGACGCACCCAUUGUUGGUGAUCCAAUUCCCUAUUAUUUGGUCAUAUAUUUUUUCAUUGCAAAUCAUACAACGGAUGAAUUGAAAUCGCCACAUAAAUUCAAGGAUUGGUCAAUCAGUCGUUAUAGUCAAUGGUUUAUGGCUGAAAAUCGAAAUGAUGAAGAACGGUUAUCAAUCAUUAGGAAUUCUUUGAAUGAAUACAUUAUACAGGCAAAAAAAUCACAAAAGAAACAAUACUUUGCAACAUAUCAUUUAUUGUCAAGUCUUAUGAAAAAGACCAACGUUGAAUGAAAAAUAUGAAUCAUUAUUUUUUUCAAAUCAAAAAAAAAUUAAUAAUUAAUGAAAAAUAAUAAUUA